AUGGUCCAGAACUCGGUACAGUAUGGGGGUUCUCCUACGGAAGACCCCAAUAUGCAUAUACGGAAUUUUAUAGAGAUCUGUGACACUUUCAAAUUUAAUGAUGUCUCUGAUGAAGCUGUAAAGCUAAGGCUUUUCCCAUUUUCACUGAGAGAUAAGGCUAAGGGAUGUGAAUCAGCGCAAUUUGUGAGCAACUUUCAGAGAAGUCAACAACCCGCUCCAGCUACUUAUCAUCCUAGCAACCGAAAUCAUCCGAAUUUCAGCUGGAGUAAUAAUCAGGGUUAUAAUCAGCCUCAACAAGGAUUUCAACAGGGACCUAAACAGUAUAAUCAGGCUGGAAAUUCACAACAGUAUGCGCCUAAACAGCCAUAUCACCCUCCGGGAUUUCAGAAUCAUGGGCAAUCAGCUAACGAAAGACCACAGGGGAAUCUCCCUAGUGACACAGAAGUACCAGGUAAAAGGGACCCUAAAGAGCAAGUUCAAUCCAUUACGCUGAGAUCUGGAAGAACUACAACAGGGCCUACCUCAACAUUGGUACAAGAUAAGGGUGAUGAACCGCAAGAAAUUCCAGCAGAAGUUCCUUCAAAUACACUUGACACCAACUCUACUGUUGAAAAGGAUAAGGCUAUUCCUGCAGCUGCUCCGAUGUCAAACCCAGUAUAUCCACCACCUCCAUUUCCUAGGAGGUUAAAAAAACAGCAGCUGGAUAAGCAAUUUGCACUCGAGCAAAUGCCUAGUUAUGCCAAGUUCAUGAAGGGUAUUCUUUCAAAAAAGCUAAAGCUUGAAGAGUUAGAGACCGUGGCUUUAACGGAGGAAUGCAGUGCUUGUCUGUGCGACUUGGGAGCUAGCAUCAAUCUGAUGCCUCUAUCUAUCUUCACACAACUUGGCCUGCCAGAGCUUAAGCCAACAAAUAUGUCUUUACAGUUGGCUGAUCGUUCGAUCACAUAUCCGAGGGGUAUAAUUGAAGAUGUGCUAGUCAAGGUUGAUCAAUUAAUAUUUCCAGCCGACUUCGUGAUUCUUGAUUUUGAAGAAGACAAAAGGAUUCCUAUCAUCUUGGGUAGACCAUUUUUAGCCACUGGCCAAACAUUAAUCGAUGUACAAAAAGGGGAACUCACAAUGAGAAUACAGAAUCAAACUGUCACGUUCAACGUAUUCAAUGCAAUGAAAUUACCAACUGAUGAGGAAUCUUGUUUCAGUGUGGAUGUGCUAGACACUACGACAGAAGCUAAUAGCCAGCGGGUGAGGAAGAGGAAAAACUUUUGA